GUUCCACCUAACACUCCGGUAUUGCAACCAGCUCCCGACGGCGUUCUUCCACAAAUCGAUCACUUCUCACUACCUAACACGAUGGUCCAACUCACAGAGGUCGUCGAUGAGCAUUUCCAGGAGGGUCAGCCCGGUCCUGAGGAGAAUGACGAGGAUUUCACAGACACAGAUUCCGAGAUCUCCAAUGAAUCCGACUACGACCCUCUGAACGAAUCGCUUACUGAGCGUCUUUAUGCUCUCCGCGACAUCAUCCCGCCCCACACCCGAACCUCCAUAUCCAACAAGAUCACAGCCACCACAGACGCCAUCGGCAGCGUCCUCUCCUUCAGCGGCAAGACCCUCUGGGUCCUCGGCACCUCCGCGCUGAUCAUCGGCGUACCGUGGGCCCUCGCCUGGGUCGAGGAGCAGCAGGUGAUCGAGAUGGAGAAGGAGAUGAAGAUGCGCGAGAUGGGCGGCGACCUUCUCACAGCAGGCGACAACGCAACGGCCCAACAGGUCAGCGCGGCGCUCGCAAAGGAGGCCCAGCCGGCUCUAUAGGGCGGAGCACCACCACCGCCGCCGCCACCACCGGUCUCCCGCGUGUACUUGUUACGGGUUCGGGACCGCAGACUGCUCUACGAUUGCCCGCACGCGCAACAGAUCCCCGACGGACCCCGCUCGUAUUACAUGGACCGCGUUCGCGAGGGACGGGUUCGCUUGAUGCGGUAUUUGGCGGAUUUCGAUUAUGAAUAGGUUUUGCGCUUGUGCGCGGGAGGGGUUUCUAUGGAUGGAGGGGCAGAUGGGGAUGAGGAGGGGUUGGACGGGAAUACUUGCUCUCUACUCUCCUGCGACGGGUUCAUUCAUGGUUUUAGGAGGGCUUUUCUCUCGUUUUGGAGGGGAGGGGAGGGUGUCAAGUGUAUGAUAGUUUGGCCUCGCGCGUGUGCGUGGGGGACUCGGUUGCAUUGUGUCGGCGCAGUCCCGGCCGUACGGAGUACAAUUCCGAACUUAUGAUUUUUCUGAUGCUUUGCUUGGUUUGCUGUUGUUUUGUUUUCUGGAGUCUGGGGUUGGUUCUGGUGUGAUUUGACCGAGCUUGUGAUCUUGUGUUGGGAUGUGCUUGGGGGGUGAAGCUCUGGUUAUUUAAGGGAUCAUUUUGCUAACUUAUACGUACAGGCAUAAUAUCAUGGCAAGGAUUUGCUGAUGGUUAUAUUGAUUCAUCUAAUGUACCUAGUAAGACCACUAGCUAUUGUGUUUUCAAGAUCCUCCUUUUACCUA